AUGGUUGAAGAUGUUGUGGCAACCUGUUCGUCACCUCCGAGCCAUUGUCCUGUCUACACUGCCGUCGCUCCUCUAGCUGUCGACCAGUUCUGCGCGGUAGGGAAAAAGGGACCGAGCAAUAUCGGCGUUGUCGCCUUGGCGAGAUCAAAGCGAUACGACAAGGUGAAAGUGAAGGGUGUGCAGAGGAUGACAGGCCUGGGUUUGCAACGACAUACGGAAGCGCAUACGGAUCGAACGCUGCUGCGGCCAGCACGAGAUGAGGCUGGAUUGAUGAUCGACAGUCGUCUAAGAAGCUGCUAG